AUGUCCAGCCUGUGUCCCAGCCCUGGGAAUGACACUCCCAUGCCUCUGGAUGAUACUCCAGCAGUGGUGACCACGAGCAGGAAGAUCCAGAUCCGAAACAUCCCGCCCCACCUGCAGUGGGAGGUGCUGGAUGGCCUGUUAGCUGAGUAUGGGACAGUGGAGAAUGUAGAGCAAGUCAACACCGACACAGAAACAGCCGUUGUCAACGUCACGUACGCCAGGAAAGAAGAAGCAAAAGUAGCGGUGGAGAAGCUGAGCGGCCAGCAGUUUGAGAACUGUUCCUUCAAGGUGUCCUACAUCCCGGAUGAAGAGGUGAGCUCCCCUCCGCCCCCCCAGCGACCCCACCGCAGGGGACACACCUCCAGGGAGCGGGGCUCCUCCCCGGGGGGCUCCUCACAGCCCAAACACCUCGAGUUCCCACUGCGGAUGCUGGUGCCCGCCCAGUUUGUUGGUGCCAUCAUAGGAAAGGAGGGCUUGACCAUAAAGAACCUUACUAAGCAAACCCAGUCCAAGGUUGACAUCCAUCGGAAGGAGAACGCCGGCGCUGCUGAGAAGCCCAUCACCAUCCAUGCCUCUCCAGAGGGCUGCUCUGAAGCCUGCAGGAUGAUCCUGGACAUCAUGCAGAAGGAGGCUGAGGAAACCAAGUCUGCAGAAGAGAUUCCCUUGAAAAUCCUGGCCCACAACAGCCUGGUGGGGAGGCUGAUUGGCAAGGAAGGCCGCAACCUCAAGAAGAUCGAGCAGGACACGGGCACCAAGAUCACCAUCUCCCCUUUGCAGGACUUAACCCUGUACAACCCUGAGAGGACCAUCACGGUGAAGGGCAGCACGGAGGCCUGUGCCAGUGCUGAGGUGGAGAUCAUGAAGAAGCUGAGAGAAGCCUACGAGAACGACGUGGUGGCCGUCAACCAACAAGGGAACCUGAUCCCAGGACUGAACCUCAGUGCUUUGGGCAUCUUCUCCACGGGGUUGUCCAUGCUCCCCUCCAGCCCAGGAGCCCGAGGAGCUGUGGCAUCCACCCCCUACCACCCGUUUCCACAGCAGAGCGGUCGGAGGAGGAGGAGCUCCUCAGCUUAUCUCUCGGGUCUGUACGGAGCCCCCCCAGCUGGCACCUUCCCCCACCAGCACCUUGUGCCAGAGCAGGAGGUGGUGAACUUGUUCAUCCCGACGCAGGCGGUUGGGGCCAUCAUUGGCAAGAAGGGGCAGCACAUCAAGCAGCUGGCACGGUUUGCAGGAGCUUCCAUCAAGAUCACCCCGGCAGAGGGUCCCGAUGCCAGCGAGCGCAUGGUCAUCAUCACGGGGCCACCCGAGGCUCAGUUCAAGGCCCAGGGGCGAAUAUUUGGGAAGCUGAAAGAGGAGAACUUCUUUAACCCCAAAGAAGAAGUGAAGCUUGAAGCCCACAUCAAGGUGCCUUCCUUCGCCGCCGGCCGCGUCAUUGGCAAAGGUGGCAAGACGGUGAAUGAGCUGCAGAAUUUAACCAGUGCAGAAGUCAUUGUGCCACGAGACCAAACCCCGGAUGAGAAUGAGGAGGUCGUCGUGAAAAUCAUUGGGCACUUCUUUGCUAGUCAGACAGCCCAACGGAAGAUCAGGGAAAUCGUGCAGCAGGUGAAGCAGCAGGAGCAGAAACACGCUCAGGGAGCCCCGGCCUCGCAGCACAGCAAGUGA